GUGGGCCAGGCGGGCGUGCAGAUGGGCAACGCCUGCUGGGAGCUGUACUGCCUGGAGCACGGCAUCCAGCCCGACGGGCAGAUGCCCAGCGACAAGACCAUCGGCGGCGGGGACGACUCCUUCACCACCUUCUUCUGCGAGACCGGGGCGGGCAAGCACGUGCCCAGGGCCAUCUUCGUGGACCUGGAGCCCACCGUGAUCGACGAGGUGCGCACGGGGCCCUACCGGCAGCUCUUCCACCCCGAGCAGCUCAUCACGGGCAAGGAGGAUGCGGCCAAUAAUUACGCCCGUGGGCACUACACCAUCGGCAAGGAGAUCAUCGACCACGUGCUGGACCGCGUCCGCAAGCUGGCUGACCAGUGCACUGGGCUCCAGGGCUUCCUGGUCUUCCACAGCUUCGGGGGAGGCACCGGCUCCGGCUUCACUUCCCUGCUGAUGGAGCGCCUGUCCGUGGACUACGGCAAGAAGUCCAAGCUGGAGUUCGCCAUCUACCCGGCGCCACAGGUCUCCCCAGCCGUGGUUGAGCCCUACAACUCCAUCCUGACUACGCACACCACGCUGGAGCACUCGGACUGCGCCUUCAUGGUGGACAACGAGGCCAUUUACGACAUCUGCCGCCGCAACCUGGACAUCGAGCGCCCCACCUACACCAACCUCAACCGCCUCAUCAGCCAGAUCGUGUCGUCCAUCACAGCCUCGCUGCGCUUCGACGGGGCCCUCAACGUGGACCUGACGGAGUUCCAGACCAACCUGGUGCCCUACCCCCGCAUCCACUUCCCCCUGGCCACCUACGCCCCCGUCAUCUCGGCUGAGAAGGCCUACCACGAGCAGAUGUCGGUGGCCGAGAUCACCAACUCCUGCUUUGAGCCGGCCAACCAGAUGGUGAAGUGCGACCCCCGCCACGGCAAGUACAUGGCUUGCUGCCUCCUGUACCGCGGCGAUGUGGUGCCCAAAGAUGUCAACGCUGCCAUUGCCGCCAUCAAGACCAAGCGCAGCAUCCAGUUCGUGGACUGGUGCCCGACCGGCUUCAAGGUGGGCAUCAACUACCAGCCCCCGACGGCGGUGCCCGGCGGCGACCUGGCCAAGGUGCAGCGCGCCGUGUGCAUGCUCAGCAACACUACGGCCAUCGCAGAGGCCUGGGCCCGCCUGGACCACAAGUUUGACCUGAUGUAUGCCAAGCGCGCCUUCGUGCACUGGUAUGUGGGUGAGGGCAUGGAGGAGGGGGAGUUCUCAGAGGCACGUGAGGACAUGGCCGCCCUGGAGAAGGAUUACGAAGAGGUGGGCAUUGAUUCUUAUGAGGAUGAGGAAGAGGGGGAGGAGUAGGCCGUGCCACCCCCAGCCCCACGCUCUCCUGUACUCCCCGCAGCCCCCUCUACCAAUAAAUGGUCUCCGCAGCUGGCUCCAG